AUGGGCUUCAUCUCGGAAGGGAUACCAGGGAUACAAGGGACACCAAGGGUACCAGGGAUAAAAGGGUUACCAGGGAUACUAGGGAUACAAGGGAUACCAGGGAUAAAAGGGAUACUAGGGAUACAAGGGAUACCAUGGAUACACGGGAUACAAGGAAUACCAGGGAUACCAGGGAUACAAGGGAUACACGGGAUACAAGGGAUACCAGGGAUACCAGGAAUACCAGGAAUACAAGUGAUACAAGGGACAAUACCAGGGAUACAAGGGAUACCAGGGAUAAAAGGGAUACUAGGGAUACAAGGGAUACCA